GUACGAUUAAAUAAAUAAGAAACAACGCCUACAGACUCAGCAUGUGGAAAAAUGCAUCCUCCAAAAGUUUACUCAAAGGAAUAAUAUUAUAGAGCAGGCUAUAUUUGUGUUGUGAUCGCACACGUCUGCAGCUGGAUAUGGCGAACACUCUGGAGAGGGAGAUUCUGGAGCGGGAGCUCCGUCCACGGCUGUGUUAUGUGACUAAAGGAGAUCGUGGCUACGGAUUUCAUCUGCACGGGGAACGCAACCGAGGAGCGCAGUACAUCCGCAGGAUCGAGCCGGGGUCCCCCGCGGACCUGUCCGGUCUCAAGUCCGGCGACCGGGUGGUGGAGGUGAACGGAGAGAACGUGGAGGGAGAGACGCAUCAGCAGGUUGUUCAGAGGAUCCUGGAGGUGGAGCACCGAACCAGGCUGCUGGUGGUGGACCGGGUCACCGAUGAGUUCCUGAAGUUUCACGGUCUGCCGUGUACGGAGGAUAGGGCGAUUGAGAUGGGCUCUCUGUCCUCUCGCUCCUCAGCGGCGUCCUCUCCCCGCGCCUCCCCGCGAGACCCCGCCACUCCUCCCUACAGCAGACAGAGCUCAGAGGGCAUCUUCAUUAAUAAGAGUCCCAGCAGCGCUGGAGGAGUAAUGAACGGCUCUCCACUCUACAGAGCUCAUGCCCGUCUGUCGUCACCCGUGUUUGUGCCUCUGUCGUCACCCAGUGAACACAAGACUGAACCAGAGAUCAUACCCUUCGCCAAACUCACUGUGGAGCCCAGCGUCACCCCCGAGCCCGAACAUGAGACCGAACCGGUGCGUGACCUCAGCACUGACCUCAGCGUAUCAGAGACCAGCACACAGGAGGAGAUGCUGUCAGAGGUGGAUGUGGAAACGAAGGACCUGCGUCCACGCUUGUGUCACAUGACCAUCGGCGAGCAGGGCUACGGCUUCAACCUGCACUGUAAGAAGUCCCGCGUGGGUCAGUUCAUCCGCUCGGUGGACCCCGACUCUCCGGCGGAGCGCGCGGGCCUGAGGCCCAGAGACCGGCUCAUCGAGGUGAACGACACGAGCAUCGAGGGUCUGCGUCACGCAGAGGUGGUGGUGUUGAUCAAAGCGGGCGGCACAGAGACCCGUCUGCUGGUGGUGGAUCCCGACACAGAUGAGCUCUUUAACCGGCUGGGUAUCAUUCCCACAUCCAUUCAUCUUAAAGAGGACUGUGUGGACGGGCCGAUCAUAGAGAGUCCUGAAGCGACGUGUCCAACCGCACGCAGCACGGUCCCAGACGCCCCCAAGAUCUCUCCACCAAUCAUCAACAUCACACUAACUGACCCACCAAUCAGCAACGGCUCCCCAAGACACCAGAGUCACAGAAGCUCCUCCUCUCGGUCCACGUUAUCAGAGACCAGUGCCGAAAUCAGCAGCUUUGACAGCAGCAACAAGCACACAGAUUCUGACCAUCUCUCCAGCGAUGACGCCCGUAAACCAGAGCGAGAUGUGAAGUCUGAGGAUCCGUUUCAGGAGAGCGGUCUGCAUCUGAGUCUGACCGCAGCGGAGGCCAAGCAGAAAGCCCGGGCCAAACGGCCCAACAAGAGAGCGCCCCCUAUGGACUGGAGCAAGAAACAGGAAAUCUUCAGCAACUUCUGAGCAGCACAAACAUCAUAAAGUUCACCUUAGUUUUAGACAGAUUCCACCGACACACAAACCAAAUACAUGCAUCUUAGACCAGAUUAGAAAUGUGUGAAUUUAUCAAAAAAGGAUGAGUUUGGAUUCAGGCUGAUGUGUGUUAAAAGCAGAUCUGAAAGUAUGUUUUGAACAGAAAUGCGGCAGGUUUGGACAUCAUGUUAUGGGUUUAACGGAGCUUAAGCCUGCAUUUUGUUUCUACGAAGUGUUCCACAAUUAGCCAGUUGCUUAUUUCACCCAAUAACGCACAAGUUCCCCUUUUUGAAGUCGCUUUCCUGCCAUCACAUUGCUUCUCUUUCUCAGAGAUAAUAAUGCAACAGCUGUUUCCACAGACCAGAAAAUACGGAAGGAAUGAAAAGAGAGUAAGAAAACGUCAUUACAAGGCAGAAACGGUAGGAAGGAAAGACAUACUGAAGGAAAGGUGAAGAGAGAUUGUAACUGCAAUAGUUAAAGUCAUUGAAAGACGUCAAGUGAACAUCUAGCUGAGAAGCCAAAGGUUGUUGGUUCAAAUCCCUGAAGAAAGAAGUCAUGAUCUUGCACUAUUAAGAGAAGAUGUACAGUGAGAAGAACAGUGGAAGAGAAGGUUGAGUCAGAGAUCUUUACACAGUAAACAUGUCACAUCAUCUUUGUGCUAAUAUGAAGGCUGGGCGAUACAACCAAAAAAACUCAAAUCAGUCAAAACCUAUGAUUAUUACAAUACAUUUCAAUUCUCUAGUUCUCUCACGUUUUAGGAUUUUUGUUUCUUAAGUGAAAGUUGUAGAAACCAGACCAUUAGUUGUGGUUUUAAACUACUCUUUAUGAUCAGAACAUGACAGACACUUCACACUUUUCCAG